AAAAACUGCAAGGAACGAUCGUAACGCGUAAAGAGGUUACCGAGCGUUUGAUCGAUAAAGUGUUUAAGUGAUAAAGUGUUGAACCGAUUUUUGAUUAAUCGUUCGGAUCGUGUUUCGGUAAAACGAACACGUGGCGUGGAUUCGAUUUCGCUUCCGUUCGCGUCGACACAGGAUGGCCAAGAGUCGAUUUCUUUCGAAGGAAAGAGCGAUAGGCGAGUGAACAAGUGCGAUCGAGAGAAGCUGUGGAGAGAAACUGUGACAAAUGGUUCAACCCGUGCAAACGGAGAACAACAACUCCGCCUUGGACAUGGAGUCGUUCGAGGAGAUGCUUCGCAAGCUCUCGGAGCUCGAGCAGCGGGUCUUGGAAGCCGAGGGCCGAGCUGACGAGGCGGAGGACAAGGUACGGAUGAUGGAGGAGCGGCUAGUGAAGGGUGAAUACUGCUUGAGCACAUCCGGCGUUGGCUCUCCACCGCAUUCGCUGCCGUCAACUUCCGGUACGCAGAAUGACAAGAUCGAGGACGUUCACUGUGCUUGCAUCUCGAAGCUAGAAACACAGGUCGAGGAACAGAGACAGUUGCGGCUUCAAGACGCGAGGCAGGUAGAGGCGAAGGCCGCGAGGAUAAAGGAAUGGGUCACCAAUAAAUUGAGGGAAUUGGAGCAACAGAAUCAACAUUUAAGGGAACAGAACAACAAGUGCAACCAGCAAUUGGAGCUGCUGAGAAAUCACAUUACGAAUAUCGGCCUGAAACCACCUGCACCCACAAGAGCAUCCCUGUCCCUGGAAGUGGAUUCGACGUUACGAAGGCGAUCGGAGAGCCUCGAAGGAACACCGCAGGCGGUUCCGGAAAGCGUGCAGAGUGCCGUGGCGGAACCUCAGACAGGCACCAAGCAUCGAAGACACCUGUCCGCUUGUGGAACGAUACAGCGAGGAAUCACCGCCACCAACAUGGAUUCGAGCCUACUGUCCGAAGAGCUGGCGGCGGCCGUCGAGAAUCUGGUGAUGCUACCAAAUAUACCGGGUAUUUCGGAAACGAGCAGAGACAGCGGAAGCUCGGAAGCUGUCCACGAUUAUGCGGAGAUUUACACGCCUAGUAGAGAAGGGAUGAAUUGGGCUCAGAAUGCACAGGGUCCUCGACCGCCCACUCCACCCCUGCACCGAUUUCCCAGUUGGGAGGCUAAGAUUUAUCAGGUAGCAGACGGUGGGCUUGGCAUCGGUCCACCGACGAACGAGGAAUCCGCGCCUUCCACGAUGACCAACACGACAAGCUCAUCGAAACAUUCCCAAGCAACAGGACACAACCUGACUGCGCACAAUUCCCAAGGCUACUGCGAUAUUUCGGUUCCAGUCUACGCAACGGUCAAGGGACGAGCCAGUCAAAUCAGGUCCAUGCCAUUCGGCGACAGUUCCGACGACAGUUCAGAUGGCGAGGAACAUCCCAAUCAGACGGAGACGAACACCAGAAUCACCAACAGUUCGUCCGAUAACACGGAUUCGUCGCUGGGCAGCGGAAGCAGUCCGUCGAAGAGCGUGAAAACCACAAGCAGCCUUAGUCCUGCGAAGAGAAGCUCCAGCGGCUCUCCCAGCAAAAGCGUGAAACGUGAUACCUCGUUGGAAUCUGGCCUGUCGGAAGACUACGCGAUACCUCCUGACGCGCUCAGCUCGACUUCCCUCGAAUCUAGUAUGCCUAGCUUACUGAUGCGCGUUUCUGGCGAGAGUCCAAAACGCCAAGAAUCUCUGGAAAAGACUGGCCAUCUCGCGAAACUCGGUGGCAAACUGAAAACAUGGCGGAAAAGGUGGUUCGUACUGAAGAACGGAGUACUCACCUAUUGGAAGAGUCAGAACGACGUGAAUCGAAAGCCGCAAGGGCAGAUUGUGUUGGAUGAAGUGUGCAGGAUAAACAGGGCAGAAGGCGCAGCUACGUUCGAGAUAGCAACGGGCAAGAAGACGUAUUAUUUAACGGCAGACUGCAUAGCGACGAUGGAAGACUGGAUAAGAGUUCUGCAGAAUGUACAAAGGCGGAACGCGACGAAACUUUUGCUCAGCAAAGAGGACAACAAGCCAACGAUACAAGGCUGGUUAACGAAGGUGAAGAACGGGCAUGCCAAGAAGUGCUGGUGCGUCCUCAUCGGAAAAAUGUUCCUUUACUUUAAGUGCCCUAACGAUACGAAUCCUAUUGGACAAAUAAACAUGAGGGACGCCAGAGUGGAAGAGGUGGAGCACGUGUCCGACAGCGACAGCGAGGAAAGAGACGCCGAGUGUCCUCACGAAAGGACGAUUGGCAUCUUCCCCACUCAUCAAGGUCCUACGUAUUUGCUGAUGCCCCACAAACAGGAGAAAGAUAAUUGGCUGUACCACUUGACGGUCGUGUCCGGUGGAGGACCCAGCGCGGGAACCCAGUACGAACAACUGGUUCAGAGACUGAUGGAAACUGACGGAGAUCCUAGCUGUGUUCUUUGGAGACAUCCGUUGCUGCUCCAUACGAAAGAGAAUAUCACUAGUCCACUGACCAGCUUGACAUCCGAAGCCUUGCAAACCGAGGCCAUCAAGCUUUUCAAGGCUUGCCAAUUGUUCAUGUCGGUGGCAGUGGAGCAAGCAGGCAUAGACUACCACGUGGUAUUAGCGCAAAACGCGUUACAACAAUGCUUAGAUCAACCUGAACUGCAAUCUGAAUUCAUAUGCGCACUGGUAAAGCAGACAAGUCGUCACACGCAACACCGUUUGGGCGUACAGGUAAAAAAGGCCGCCAGACUUGUGUCGCUGGGUACUGCGCGCGUUCAGCUCCUCCUCUGCGCCACGCAAUCGCUGUUCACCUGCGAUACGCAAAGUCCCGCGGCAAAUGGCAGCGGUGAAAAUGCGGACGCACAAUCGACGGCCUCCACUUCUCACAGUCCUCCGCUCAUGCAGGGCCAUUCGACAUCUACGAUUCUGGACUGCAAAACUAAUCCUGCCCAGUACGUUCUUAUCCAGGGAUGGCAGCUGCUAGCACUCGCUGUUUCACUUUUCCUGCCGAGAAACAAUCGGCUACUGUGGUACCUGAAGUUACAUCUGCAACGAAACGCGGACACCAAAACGGAAUGUGGUAAAUAUGCAGCCUACUGCGAAAGAGCUUUGGAAAGGACGCUGCAGAACGGCGGAAGAGAAGUGAAACCAUCUAGAAUGGAAGUUCUUUCGAUACUAAUGAAGAAUCCUUACCAUCACUCCCUGCCCCAUGCGAUACCGGUUCACUUCUUAAAUGGCACGUACCAGGUUGUAAGCUUCGAUGGUAGUACAACGAUAGAAGAGUUUCUGAAUACCUUGAAUCAAGAAAUUGGUUGUCGAGAUGUUCAUCAGUCUGGUUUUACGUUGUUCAGUGAUGAUCCGAUCGAGAAGGAUCUUGAACAUUUCAUCGAUCUUCAAGCAAAACUGUGUGAUAUAAUCUCAAAAUGGGAAACUGCUUUGAGAGAGAAAGGGUCAGGGAAGUUUGAAAACACCAGAGUGAUACAGUUGACGUAUAAAUCGAGAUGUUAUUGGCGACAGGCAGCCAAGAUGGAGACCGACAGGGAGAGGCUGCUUCUGUGUUACCAAAUUAAUCAGCAGGUGGUGCAAGGCAAAUUCCCAGUGAACAGAGAUCUUGCAUUCGAGCUUGCAUCGUUAAUGGCGCAGAUCGAUUUUGGGGAGUAUAAUAACGACAAAGCACGAGGCAGUGGCCCAGGAAGUAAUCCUCAUCAUCUCGUGCUUCAAGCCCUGGACAAAUUUUAUCCUCUGCGAUACAGAACAAACAUUACUGCCGAACAAUUGAGGGAAAUGCAAGAAAAAUUGCAAGAAAAGUGGAUCGCCUUAAAAGGUCGCAGUGUAUUAGACUGCGUUCGCAUAUAUCUAACUUGCACCAGAAAGUGGCCUUUCUUUGGAGCUACACUUUAUCAAGCAAAGCUAAAACAAGCUGAACCAAUAACUGUUUGGAUAGCUGUUUCCGAAGACAGCGUAACCUUACUGGAAUUACAAACAAUGGCGGUGAUGUGUCGUUACAACUAUGCAAAUAUAGUCACGUUUGGAGGAUGUUUAGAUGAUUUUAUGCUUGUUGCUUGCCCUGACGAAGGUGCUGCAGAACAGAAGCUUUUGUUCGCACUUUCUAAGCCCAAGAUUCUGGAAAUAACUUUAUUGAUCGCCGACUACAUGAACGCCUUGGGACACGCUUUACCUGGAACUCCACAAAUGAACACGUUAACGCGCAAUGGGUCUCAUAGAUCUAUCAAAUCGACUCUAAGACCUACCACUGGUUCAAGCUGUCUUCCAACACAACCGGAUAUCUUAAAGUCGACACCAGACCACCAAAGACCUUAAAAAGACUGGUGCAUCAACUUCGAACAUAAAGAAGCAGGGGAAUACGUAGUUCUUGGUUUAUAACAGUUUAAUUCUACCAAGGCACUAAGUUUAAUACUCGAAGGUACUACCAAGCUGUACUAUAAAAACCCGUAUAAGAAACGAUACACUGGACGAUGCGCAGUUACAUAUUGCGCUGUAGUUGAUUUUAGUUGCAUUUUUGUGUAAAUUAGUAAUUGAAUGCUUACGAACGACGUUUAUGUACAUACCUGACAGCAUUGAAACUCUGUGGUCCACGUUAAAGCGGAUUAGAACGUGGUGACUGAAGUUAAUUGAAACGAUUUGCAACACUGCCUAAAGUAAAAUUAGUAUGUCUGAAUCACAUCGAAUAGAGUUUCAUUGAAAAAGCUAAGCAAUCAUUGCUGAAACUUUUUUGCUACCGUAUUUAUAUACCAAAUUCGAGACGUUUUAGAGUAAGUUAACUAAAGAAAAAGCGACGUACCACAUACUGUGUAUAUAAUUUAAUCAGAGUUAUUGGAUGUUUAGAAGUCUAGUGAGUGAUGGCAGCGAUACCUUUGUCUUCAAUAUGAGAGUACGAUGACGUAAAUUCUUACUUCUUGCCAAAUCGACCGCAGGCCACGUACGAGCUGCAAUAGAAAAGUGCAGCCAUGAACACCAAUGCACACUUGAUCGUUAUUACUUGAGAAUAAGUAUGCAAUUUUUUAAACAUUUCCUUUCAAUACAAAAUGCGUCGGACACGGUGACUGUACUGUACUUACCGUUACAAGUUCAAAAUACAAUUUUAAUUAUUUUAUAACCUUGUACGCUAAUAUGUUCUAAUCAUUAAUGUUUUAAGUCGAUCAACUUUCUUUCAUGUAUGGUAUUUCGCAGUUUCAAGUAGUCACCCACUGAUCUUGAACAGUAAGUACAUACAGUUUUUAAGUCUCGUUUAAAAGCUCAAUCGUGAAAACAAAAGAUUCUUUGUACGAAAAGUAACAAACAAAACUUACAUAUUGUCAUAUUAUUUUGAUAACAGCUAGUCUCAUAUUUUAUAUUUAUUUAAUAUCUAAGCAAAUAAGUUUGUUUUAUAUAAGGACACGACCAAAUAGAUAUAAUGGGAACGCGUUUUCUUUAACACGUAUGAGGAGAGGUCACAGCUGUAAGACCAAUUUUAAUCGAAUUUGUUCCAGUAAGUCUGGAACAAAAAUAAGCAGCGUCGAGCAUCUUCUGCUGAUACAUAUUAUUUGCAAAGAUAUCUAACAGUUAAUUUGUUAGUAUGCAGAUAGUCUUUAUUUCUAAUAUUAAUUUGUAAUAAUUAAUUUCAUUGUAUUUUGUAUCAACCCUUCAAUUCUUGUGUCUUGUUAAGCAUAAAUGAAUUGCAUCUCUUCUAAUAAUCAGCUUGCGUUUCAAAUUGAUACAAUGUUGCAAUUUUUUUUUUAAUAAAUGUAUAGUAUAGAAAGUACUUGUUUAUUUUUUACAAAAUUAAAAAAGUCAUGCAACAAAAGAUGAAGAAACGUCUGCUUAUUUUUAAUAUAGAUUCGCCAGAACAUGUUCGAUUAAAAUUGACGUCCUCACAGCUAUAACUCUUGCUUGUUAGUAUCGUUCCUGGGUAAUAUACGUGCAGCAUUUUUUGUACUAAUUAAAAGAUGAUCCCAUCAUAUUGUAUAGAAGUUUUGUACUCGCUUGACGUGUCCUACAUAACUAGCAAAAUGUCUUCCUUCUCUUUAGUACCCAGAAGUAAAUAAAAAAAAGGUUAAAGGUAGGGCUUUCGUGCAAUACGUACAAGACUUCUAUAAUUUUGUAAUUCCUGAAAUAGGCUGAGUAUGAUUGUGCCUCUCUGAGCAGUAUAGACAAAGUAAAUUCUAUGCACGGCUUUGUUUAGCGCAUUGAAGAUUUAUAUAAAAUGAAAACGAUCGAACCUCAGAUCACUGGGAGCAGUACAAAGAUAUGCAAAAAAACGACAUUUUGUCUUUAAUUUUUAUAAUAACGCAAUGAGAAAUGCUACUAUGUGGGUGCUUAGCACCCUGUUGUAUUAUGAAGCAGUAAAAGAGUCAUUGAUCUGUAAAUAUUACCGUAGGUUUAAGUUUCUAAGUAUAGUAGAAUGACGAGAGGGCAGCUAAUGAAAGAAAAAGUUACAAUUGUCAUAGAAGUCUCCUGCGAUCGUCGAGCUGUCUAUGGAAUAUUCUGCUAAGCCUACCACCUUACAUUUCUAUUUAUUAUUUAUUCGCAUAAAACGACGCGUAAAAGGCACGAGCGGUGUAAGCAGAAAACAUUGUACUAUUGUACAGAAAAAAGAAAUAAACUGCUCGAAUGUG